AUGUCAGCAUUAUCCAAACCAGAACAUUUCGGAUGCGAUCUCAUUCAUCCUUGGACACCAUCUUGCACCAAGUCUGCGUCACUCAUUUGGUGGCGAGUCUUCCUUGCAGGUCUAAAGUUAUACGGUCCACUAUUCCUAGUGCCCGCCAUUAUAUUCAAGCGUAAAGGACCUAGGUUCAUCAUAACAAAGUCAAUACCAGAGAUUAUUAGAUCUUCAACCUUCUUGGGAACAUACGCAGGUACAUUCAAUGCAUCGAUUUGUAUCUUUAGAGCAUUGCUUGGCGACUCAAAGUCAGUGGCUGCCAUCUCUGGUUUCUUUGCAGGUCUUUUCUCCAUAUUGAUAGAGAGAAAGAGCAGGCGUUCAGAACUGGCAUUGUAUUGUUUCAACCAGACGAUUGAGGUUAUGUGGAAGAUGGCAGCGUCAAGAGGACUGGCGUUUUAUAUUAAGAAUGGCGAGGUACUGGUGUUCAUGAUCGCUUCUUCAAUCCUGUUUUAUUUCUUCCAACAAGAACCAGACAGUCUGCGUAGCAACAUGAAUGGUCUUUUGAAAUUCAUGAUUGGUACCAACUAA